CGCCUCACCGAUAUCAUCAACACGGAGCAUGAAAAUGUCAAGUACCUGCCCGGGCACAAGCUGCCCCCCAAUGUGGUAGCAGAGCCAGACCUGCUGAAAGCCUGUGCUGGGGCUGACAUCCUCCUCUUUGUGGUGCCCCAUCAAUUUAUCGGCAAAGUCUGUGACCAGCUCAAGGGCCAUUUGAAGAAAGAUGCUGUUGGGGUGUCACUCAUCAAGGGGGUGGAUGAAGGACCAGAUGGGCUGAGGCUGAUCUCAGACAUAAUCCAGGAGAAACUGGGAAUAGAAAUGAGUGUCCUCAUGGGGGCCAAUAUUGCUAGUGAAGUGGCAGAAGAGAAGUUCUGUGAAACAACCAUCGGCUGCAAGAACAAGCAGCACUGGCAGACACUGAAGGAGCUGAUGCAGACACCAAAUUUCCGGGUGACGGUGGUGCAGGAAGCUGACACUGUAGAGAUCUGCGGGGCUCUCAAGAACGUUGUGGCGGUAGGAGCUGGUUUCUGCGAUGGGCUCGGCUAUGGAGACAACACGAAGGCUGCUGUGAUCCGUCUAGGACUGAUGGAGAUGAUUGGCUUUGCCAAACUCUUCUGUAAGGGCUCCGUCACCUCCUCCACCUUCCUGGAGAGCUGUGGCGUUGCUGACCUCAUCACUACCUGCUACGGUGGCCGUAACCGCAAAGUGGCUGAGGCUUUUGCCAAGACUGGGAAGUCUAUUGAGCAGCUGGAGAAGGAGAUGUUGAAUGGGCAGAAGCUGCAAGGUCCCCAGACAUCUGCUGAGCUGCAUCGCAUCCUUAAAAGCAAGAACCUUGUGGAGAAGUUCCCCCUCUUCACAGCUGUGUAUCGGAUCUGCUACGAGGGCAAACCUGUUACUGAUGUCAUCAAGUGUCUCCAGAACCACCCUGAGCACAUGUAAAGGGGCUCUGCCUGCAAAACCAGUGAUCCCGCUGAGAUGAGCGGAGAGCUCCUGCCCACACCAACUUGCUCUGCAGCUACAACUUUGUAAGGAGUCUGGAUUUCCUGGGAGCCUUUGCAGGGUGCUGGAAGGGCAGAGGUUCCCUUUCUCAACCCUGGACACUGCCAGCCUGAGCCUGGCACCUGCACAGAGGUACCUGCUGAUCUCCCUCUCUCUCUGAAGGGCUCAUUUAGCUUCUUCUGCUGCCUAGGGUCUGCCUUGAGCGGGGCUGAGCAUCUUCCUCCUUUCACUUUCUCUUGACAUGAUGGAUCCAUAUCUUGGUUGGACUCUACCAGGUGGUCUUGAUCGAUACGGGCUGUGCAGGAGGCACCACUUGGGAGGACAAGCUUUGCUAUUAGCCCCAUGGGGCCACUUUGUGUGAUACCAGCCCUUUCCUGCUUGUUGCUGCUGUUGCUUUUGGCUUAACUGUCUCAUGGAGAGGGCACACUUCCCUGCCAGGCUCUAAUAAGGUGAAUGAAGCUCCUAAGGACUUUCAAAGGGGCUGGGAAUCACUCUCCUUUCUAUGAAGUGCCAGCACAGAAA